AUGACACCCAGCACGCGGAAACGGUCUUAUCGUGCAUGCUUGCGUUGCUGGCAGCGUAAAAGCAAAUGUGACUUAGACGGAAUCGGAGAGCCCAAGAAGGCUCCCUGCGUGUCGUGCUAUAAUUCGGGCAAUCAACGUGACCUCACCAAAUCCCGACGGGGAGGCAACUUCCGGCAUCGUCGGCCGGGGCAGAAAUGGUUGCAGGGCUGGAAAGAGUCCGAGUCAAUCAAUUCACCCCGGCAUUCCUCAGGUGAGGGGAGUAGCGUCACAGAACAUGUGGCUGGUGAUAUCCUUGCUAUGGACCUGCGGAAUCCAUCCGACGCACUGCAAAUACUGGCAAGGUCCGACGUAAAUCACCCCAACCAGAAGGUAGAUCUGUUGCCCCAGGCUAUUGACGCAGCAGCUUCAACCCAAGCCAAUGAGUCUCCAAAUCGCCGGAAACAUGCGACAACGGCUUUGGACGAAUAUGAAUUGGUCCAAACAGGUGUAUUGUGCCAAAGUCUCGUGGCCGAGCUACUCCACACAUACCUCCGCAACUACCACCCCUACUGUCCGAUCGUUCCCUCCUACUUCUUGGGACCGUCUGGUAUGGAAAGGGUCCAGAAGCAAGAUUACUUCCUGCUCACAGCUAUUUUGACCAUUGCGUCGAGAGAUGAUCCAUCCCACUCUCUCACUCAUCGUUAUUGCUGGGACCAUACCCAACGCCUUCUGGUUGAUGUGCUCCUUGCCAGGCCUUGGACCCAGACUCCGAGAACUGUAGAGGGCUUACUUCUUUUAGCCGAGUGGCUGCCCCAUAUUCAGAUCGAGGAGACGACAUCCGAGGCAAACCUUUUCAGUGAGGACAGAACCGCUUGGUCCCUUGUUGGCCUCGCAGUGCGUCAUGGCUACCUCCAGCGCCUAGAUCAAGCCGCCUUCCGAAACACUGAUAGCCAUGAGUCGAUGGAAAAAGUAGAACAGCAGAGGCUUAUCUGGGCAUACAUCUCCAUGACGGAUCGACAGAUAUCCGUCCGGCCCGGGCAGUCAUUCUGGUCUCGAGGUCCGUCCCUCGCCGCAAAGUUUACAGCUAGUGACUUCCCAAGUCUCCGACCUCGUCCUGAAAGUGAAGACGAUGAAGAUUAUGCGUCCGUGUUACAAGCUACCAUGGAGCUGACUCAAAUCUUGCACAACGCCCAUGCCGUUCUCUACUCGUCGAAAGAGAGAACAAUGGCAAUGGUCUAUGAAGGUCAUUAUUCUCAGUACCUUGAUGACUUUCGCACCGCUGCCACAACCUGGCACUCAACAUGGUACAAAGUUGCGGUAUCUGCAAGAAUUAGGAGCACCCUGCUCAUGAUGUACGAGUACAUCUGUUUAUACACCAACGCUUUUUCCUUCCAAGCCGUCCUGACGAGGACCUUGGGCCCACGUAUCUUAUCCAACAGGGAGGAGCAGAGAAAGCAGCUGUUCGCAGAGCUAUCUUCCACUGGGAUCAUGUCAUCUCCAGAUGGUCGAUACAUUUUCGAUGCUAUUAGCGCAGCCAUAAAUUUGUUGUCUUUGAUGAAUGAUCGCGAUCCUCAGCAAGAACUAUGCUAUCUACCCUACGGCAUCUACGCCGCCGUUCUCCUCCACAAAGCCGAAUGCGCAGGCGCAUUCCAAACCGGACCUCAACGAGAAGAAAUGGCCACCCUAGCUCGGCAAUUUAUAUCCGUUUUAGAGAAGACCCCAUCGCCCAUCUGUCACCGAUAUAGCCGCAUGCUAAAACAGCUUUGGCAUCACCGACGGAACCCAAAACCUGUACCUGUUCACACAGAAGCCCCAUUGCCACGAGAAGAAGAAAAUGAUGACCAAUCAUGUUUUCCUCAAUUCCCGGGGGAUCUGUCCAUCGAGUGGUAUCUUUUCGGGUCGUUUAUGCCGGGGGUAGCUGAUUCUGGCUUCAGCACGGUGGAGUUGACAGGGUAG